CAUGGAUAUAUAAGCUGGGGCACACUUGCUCAACGAUAACAACUCCAGACGUCCGCCAGCUGACCUCAGCCUGUUACCAAAGUUCAGGUGUCCUUAAACGGUGAGUGAUACUUCCUCUUUGGUGCCUUGAGCGACUACACAGCAUGCUGCCUGGGAGAGCGGCUGACAUCCACCACUGCGUCCUGACGAGCCGCUGGCUGCCUGCAGCUCUGGCUCUGCUCCUCCUCCUCUCCUCCAGCUUCAGCAGAGCGCACAGCACCACGGUGGAGCACGACUUCCACAUUGUUCACAAUGUCGACAACAGAAGUCCAGAGAUCGACCCAUUCUGGUAUGUGGGGCGUGGGGUGAGACCCAUCGGGCGCUUCGGGAAGAGGCACAGCAACGUGGAGGCUCUGGCCAGCGGGGGGAUGCAGCCUGUGGUCAGGAUGUUGGCGCUGCUGUUCAACAGCCUCAGAAACAAGGAGAACCUCGGGGGAGUGCUAGAUGGGGAGGACAGGGAUUGGUUACCGUGACAGCGUGUCCUCCCUUCAUUCACAAACUCAGUGUGUCUUAAUUUGAAAAAAAAUAAAAUAAAAUCUAGAUUGAGGUUAUAUACUCGUUUGCUCUAGUUCUUAACAGUGUUUCUCUCUGGUGUCUGUUCCGAGGCCUUCAUUGAUAGGAUUCUUGAUGAAAUCACUCUCCAAAUGUAUCUGUAUAUAAAAAUGCAUUCUAUAUUGAUUAAUAAACCAGGAUAU